GACUACUUCUAACACAACUGAGGUUGUUUCACGUCCCACCAGUGCUGAGUUAAUUAAUACAAGCGCAGAAAUGGAAACAAUGACAUCAACACCAUCACCCCAGAAUGUUACCACCCCAGCACCAUCAUCUGUCAAUGUACUGAUUACGUCUAACACUACUGAGGUUGUUUCACGUCCCAUCAGUACUGAGAUAAUUAAUACAAGCACAGGAAUGGCAACAACAAUAUCAACACCAUCACCCCAGAAUGUUACCACCCCAGCACCAUCGUCUGUCACUGGAGUGACCAUGUCUAACACCACUGAGGUUGUUUCACGUCCCAUCAGUACUGAGUUGAUUAAUACAAGCACAGAAAUGGAAACAAUAACAUCAACAACACAACCCCAGAAUGUUACCACCCCAGCACCAUCAUCUGUCACUGGACUGAUUACGUCUAACACCACUGAGGUUGUUUCACGUCCCAUCAGUACUGAGCUAAUUAAUACAAGCACAGAAAUGGCACCAACAAUUUCAACACCAUCACCCCAGAAUGUUACCACCCCAGCACCAUCAUCUGUCACUGGAAUGACCACAUCUAAAACCACUGAGGUUGUUUCACGUCCCACCAGUGCUGAGUUAAUUAAUACAAGCGCAGAAAUGGAAACAAUGACAUCAACACCAUCACCCCAGAAUGUUACCACCCCAGCACCAUCAUCUGUCACUGUACUGAUUACGUCUAACACUACUGAGGUUGUUUCACGUCCCAUCAGUACUGAGUUGAUUAAUACAAGCACAGAAAUGGAAACAAUGACAUCAACAACACAACCCCAGAAUGUUACCACCCCAGCACCAUCAUCUGUCACUGGAAUGACCACUUCUAACACCACUGAGGUUAUUUCACUACCCAUCACUACUGAGUUAAUUAAUACAAGCACAGGAAUGGCAACAACAAUAUCAACACCAUCACCCCAGAACGUUACCACUCCAGCACCAUCGUCUGUCACUGGAGUGACCAUGUCUAACACCACUGAGGUUGUUUCUCAUCACAUAACCAUUGAUCUUAACAGUAAAAAUACAGACAUGGCAACAGUGACAUCAACACUAUUUUCCCAAAAUGUUACCACCCCAUCACCAUCAGCAGCUACUGUAUCAACCACCUUUAACACAGCAGAGGUUGUUUCACAAUCUACUGAGCUCAGCAGCACAGAGAUGACACCAACACAACAUCCGCAAAACACUACUGUGAACAUCACAACGAACAGUUUUUCUACCUCAACAGCUCAGCUGGGAAUGUCAGUCCAAACAGCAACCCAAUCACCAACUACAAAAUCAGCUGUCAGCAGUUUGUUUUCAGAAGACAGUUUGAUUUUAAUCCAGAAAAACGUGACAUGGAUUACAGCUUUGAGCUUCUGCAGGGAGCACUAUGUUGACCUGGUUCAGAUUACCAAUGAAGACAUUCAAGACAAAGUGGCUGAGAGGGCAAAGAGCUCCACAUCCCGUCAUGUAUGGCUUGGCUUACGCUACACGUGUAACCUGAAAUUUUGGUUUUGGACGAGCUCAAUUACUGGCUGUUACCAGAACUGGCUACCAGAAGAAGGACCAGAAGGGACAUAUGAAUGUGGUGUGAGUGGUGCCAUUGAGGCCACUGGGAGGCAGCAGUGGGUUGGUUUGCCAGAGACACAUGAACUGAAUUUCAUCUGCCAGACUUGUGGUGGAUGAGAGAGGGCAACCAGUAACACUCUGAAUUAGAACAAUGAAGAUUUCAUGAUGCUGGUCCAAACCAGUUCACGUUUCUGAAGACAAGGUAUUGUGGCUGUGUUUUUGGCAAAUCAUGACUUAAGGUGAAAUACAGCUGCAUAUGGCUGUUCAGGCUGAAAUUCAAAUUCAUAUGAACACACUACGUGCUCCAUGGGUUUGCACAUUCACAGACAUGGCAAAUAAUGUGUGAAAAUUGAUCAGCUUAGCACCUUUUAUUCAGGGGUGAAAUUCUGCAUAUUGAUGUCCUGUCUGUUUGAGAUCAAUGUGCCCUCAAAUCCAAGGGAUUGGUCCUCAGGCCCGACUCCAGGGAAGACAGCAUGCCAAUGCUUACCUUUCUGUUUGCACCAUAAGCACACAGGAAGUUGCACAAAGAAAAUCUAUUUUAAGUAAUUUGCACUUUUUGUCAGUGAUCUUUAUCAGAAUCCUUAUGUUUCAAUUGCAAAAUACAGUAUAGCUAAUUUUUUUAUAGCUAGAGAUUGUUGUAUUUGUAUUUGUACAUGGUGAUAUUUACUUUUAUAGCUCUUAUAACCUCCCAGACUUCCUUGAUUUUUUUCUUUUUAAAUAUGAGUCAACGUGCCAGUAAAACCAGUCUUAAAUUGAAUGCUGGAAUGUGCUGGAAACGAUCAAGGAGAUCACACAAGGUGUGGUGUUAAAAAGAAAACUAUGCACAACAUUGCACAAUUUGUGCUGCUUUGUACUGUGAGUUAUUAUAACUGACCUACAUUUGGACAUUGUGGUAAAAUGAUCAAAUAAAGUCUCUUGCAAAAGUAUUCAUUCCUCUUUAACAUACAUUUUGUCACAUGUGGCAAGCAAAGACUUUUUGCAUGUAUGUGAUAGACCAAUGCAAACAAUAAUUUUAAAAUAAAAUGAAAAUGAAAAUCAUCUACAAAUAAAUAU